AUGGGUUCACAAAGCGAUACCUGUUUUACGCGACUCUUCCUCAAGAAGUAUCCAUUGGUUAGCGACGAGACAAUCGACGCUCUCAUCACUAAUGGCUAUUCAGACAAAGAUGCCGACCAAAUGAGUGCAUUGAUUGUUGACAACGACUUGCAGCACACGGCCUAUCCAUACAAAUGUGAACACAAAGGCUGCGGAAUGGCUUUCAGGAAGGCGUCGAAACUGAGACGACACCUGAGGGGCAGUUGUGUGGCUGUCGUGGAGCGCCAGAAUCGGAAGGAGAAGAAGUAUAGGUGCGAAUUGGACGGAUGCGGCAAAUGGUUUACCGACAAACAUGACCUCCGGAGCCAUGAGCGCAUCCAUUCGGGCGAAAUGCCUUUUGAAUGCAAUUAUCGUAAUUGCGAUAAACGGUUCGAACAGUUGGCUGACCUCCAGGCCCACAAACUCAUGCAUAACAAGGAGAAGCCGUUUAUGUGCGGCUAUUGUGGCCAAACAUUCCGCCUGUUAUCGCACCUGUUGUGCCAUAAACGCAGUGUCCAUACGAAGGAGAAGCCCUACGGAUGCAAAAUGGGUGACUGUCGUCAAAGUUUCUACCAAUUAAAUAGCCUUAAGAAUCACUACAAGUCUAGCCAUUGA